AUGAUUCAGAAUCCAACUUCAUCGAAAAUUAAUAAGUCAAGUUUUCAGGAUGCAGUCGUCUUCAAAUUCACGAACUUCGUCUGCGAGAGCUACAACAAAUCCUUUUUUGUGUUCAACACUUGUCGCCUGAAGGCAAUCAAUCGAAAUAAAGUUGUUUUCAAUAUGAAUGCGACUAUACUGCACCCGGCCAAUGCCAUUACGAUACACUACAGGAUUUUCAAAAAGGCAAACGGCUUUAAGCCCUGGAUAAUUGACAGAACUAUUGAUAUCUGUCGGUUUAUGCGAACCGGCUACGACCCUUACUUCAAAAUAGUCGCUGGUCUCUAUCGUGAGUUUACGAAUAUGAAUCAUACAUGUCCGUAUGUGGGACAUCAAAUUAUAAAGGGCUUUUAUCUGAAACCUGAGCUCCUGCGUCUACCCUUUCCAUCAGGCGAUUAUCUGCUGUCUUUGCGAUGGAUCUUUGGCAAGAACUCAAUUGAUACAAAUGCGACUUUUUCUUUCGUAGAGGACCUCCUCAAGAUCAAAUAA